CGGCGGCAUGACGUCAGCGGGCGUGUCCAACAGAGGGCACAGGGGGACUCUGCAAUGGGAGACAGUUUUUGUGAGCAGCUCACAGAGGACAGCACCUUCCUCAAACAUGACCCGAGACUGGACACAGAAGUCGUGGAUAAACUCAUCCUGCAGCUCAACAGAAUCUACCCGCAGAUCCUCACUGACAAGGAGGCAACCAAAUUCCGAAACUUGGAUGUACCCACAAGUGUUCGACUGGGUGAGCUCUUGACACACCUACAAGGGAAAGGAGAGGAAGCAUGCAGGGAAUUUUACAGGGCGCUUCACUUGCAUGUUGAGGAGGUCUACUACAGUUUGCCUACAAGGCUUCACCUCAGAGAUUCCUUGGAUCCGCUCAAACUUCCACAGGUCAUCAAACAGAGACAUGCUUUUAAUGACAGAGGUCCCCUCUUCUUUAUGGGCUGUUUCACUUUUGUAGUGGGAAUGGCUUUCUUCUAUUACUACAGUGAAGCUAAAGUGACUGGAGGAAGCCGGGCACUUGGGAUGGCUGCUCUUGGACUGAAAAGAAAAGCUCAAGAAGUUCUUAUAUGGUACACUGAGGAAAGCCUCAUAAAGUAAAGGGAGUCUUCUUCAGUUGUUCUGCUCUUGCUGCUUUUACCAAAGCACAACACACUAUAUAUUUUCAAGGGUUUUAAGGUAAUCGUGUACACAGUGCAAAUGAUAUAUACGCUUAUUUUGCUUGUUUGCAUUUGGUACUUCGCAAUUGAAAGUAUCCCAUUUAAAUGGUUUUGAGGGAUUAAUACAGUUGAGGUUAAAACUGGUGUAGGGAAAUGAAAUGGAGGAUUUGUGCUGUGGAAUGCUUCCACAAAACUAGUUUAAAACUUUUUUUCCCUAACAUCCAACUUUAUUACUUUUUUCAAACUGAGAAAUUUGAAAACUAAAUAAUGGGGUGGUUCUUGACUUUAAUCUAUGAUUUGUUAAGAACAAUUUUUUUUUUUUUUUAAGAACUAGUUUUAAGCUCUUCAGUUAGGUCAAGAACAGCCCCUGGCUGCCAUCUUGUGGUUAAAAGAGGAGCUACAUCACUAAAUUUACGUCUGUUUCAUAAGAACUUCCCCAAAUUCCGCCUCUCACAAUACAAAAAGGAUAUUAAACGUGUGAACAAUCCAGUGCCACAUGGGGCAAGCCAAAUCCAUAAAAGUAAUGCUUUAAAUGUCUUUAUAGCGAAUGUUACAAUCACGUGACUGCAUCUACCAAUGCGGGGACGGCUUCCUACCGCAGUGCAGUGUGGGUAGAGUUGCAACCAAUUGAAAACAUAAAUAUCGAAUGUAACUGAAAACAGAGAAGACAUAAAUAGUGAACCACUCGUUUGAAGAAAACCACAAAUAUUCGACCUUUUCAAUUAGACUAAAGUUUGGAAGUGACACCGUGAGUGAAACCAAGCUGUGUCCUCGCGGGUAUAUAUGACGACGUCCUGCUUCAGGGAGGUUGUGUUGUAUGAAAGGAGAGAAGGUUAGCACUCCCCUUGACAAGGAUGGAAUUGGCCCUAGUGGCCUGCAACACACAUACGGUUAAGGCAUUGCCACCUACUUCGUGGCAUCUCUAACCAUGUUUUUUUUUUAAAAUUGUUUUUAACCGUUCCUUGACCUUCCCCAUUACUGUUUAGCUGACUCUGUGUCACUUACCGCGCCCUGUUUUUCCACCGAGCAGCUGAAGAACGGAAAUCUAUCAUACUCUUUGCUUCCGCUGUUUCGAGCAGGACGUUAAUGUUUGUUAAUGUCCUCGUUUGGCUUACCACUGAAUGCACUGAAAACCCGGCGUCAAACUUCUCACUGAAGUAGUUACAUUUAGUUUGCUACAGUUAUAAAUCCAUAUUGUAUCAUAUAGUAUGGAUAUUUUUGUCUUGUUGUUCAUACUGUGCCUCUCCUGCCUAUUUUAAAUACUGUCUAGCAAUAAAUUAACUUGCACCAAAUGUUGAAACAAAUACAACUUCAUAGUAUUUUCUGUAAAAACGCACACAAGAUAUACUAGUAAUGGUGCUUAAACCUUCUUCAUGGUUUGAAGGUUAAUUCUCAGGAUGUCAGAUGCUAAUAUUGUGGCAAAUUGUAGUUUAAAUUAUUUUUGUGUUUGUGCCUUGUAAUCAACAACCUCUAAACAUAAAAAUUUGACUUGUGGUGAAAAUUA